AUGAGCGUCGAGCAGCUUCGCCCGUUCCCCUCUCACUUCCGUCUCAAGGACCUUGCCGCCAUUACAGGCCGAGUUUUCGAGCUCAAGCUCAAUCCUAACGAGAAGGAAGCAGCGAGAACGACGUAUGCGUGGUUUGACAGCCGUAACGUGUACCAUGGCUUGAAGAAGAAGAAGUUUCUAUCACACCGCUUCGACUCGUAUGCAGGUAUGAGCUUUCCGGAUGCCGACGUAUCGCACCUGGAGACCUGUAUCGCGUUCUUCCUGUGGGCGUUCUCCUUCGACGAUCUUUCGGACGAAGGUGCUUUGCAGUCCAAGCCUGAGGCGCAUCAAGUAGGCGUCGACAUCUCAAUGGAGGUGCUGAGGAAUCCGGAAGCACCACCACCCAACUUCCCCUACGCGGCGAUGCUCCAUGACAUCUGGAGACGCUUUAGGUUGACCGCGAGUCCUGGCGCCUGUAACAGGUUCUUUCGUGCCGUCGAAAGCUGGAUGAACUCCCAAGUCGAGCAGGCGCGCAACCGUGCCACGGAUGAGAUUCCCUCGGUGGAGGAGUUCAUCGUUUUGCGACGGAGAACUAUCGGAGGUCCGAUUGUCGAAGCAAUGGUUGAGUAUUCGCUGGAUCUCCAGAUCCCUGAAUAUGUGUGGGAUGACCCCGUCCUUCAAGAGAUGUCCAAGGCCGUGAUCGACAUCAUGACUUGGCCCAACGACCUUUGCUCUUUUAAUAAAGAGCAAGCGGACGGGGAUUUCCAGAACCUCGUCUUCUGCAUCAUGAUCGAGCGCGAUUGUGACCUUCAGACCGCCGUGGACGUUCUCACGGAUAUGCUUGCCCAACGUGUGGCGGACUACGAACGCUACAAGGCGCAGCUGCCCAGCUUUGGUCCAGAGGUUGAUGCCGAGCUAGCACGAUACAACCGAGCCAUCGAACAGUACACGCAAGGAACCGUCGUCUGGUAUUAUUAUAGCCCACGCUACUUCCGCGGCCAAGAGGUAACCGGCAUUCCAGAGGUCGUUGUACCGGUGUAUGAGCGCACAACACCAGCGCCAGAGGAGCCCAUGGCAAGUUUCAAGUCGUCGCAACACGCCCUCGUGACGUCGAGCGGGUCGAAGUCUGUGGAGCCCCUGUCCCUACGGCUUCCGCGCUCUGCCACACUCCCCUAUCAUGCCCGUCUAUCUUUGCUUCUCAUUUCCCUUGCGGCCUGCAUUCUCUAUUUCAGUUUUACCUCCUUCCCUGACACUACUCUCAAGUUCCGUGUCUCUGUUCAGCACUGA